AUGGCAAGCCAAGAUACUUCAGUGACUGAUUUGAAUGUUACUUCUUCUGCAGAAGAAAUUGGAAAAUCCAUGAUUGAAAGCAAAGAUGAACAACAAAAACAACCAAUUACAACUACUGUUCAAGAUAACGAUUGUGAAUCAGAAUGUAGUUUUAGUACCCGAAGUGAAGAAGAUAUUACUCGCUCGAUAUUAGAAGUAGAAGCCGAUGCAUUCACACGAUUUGUUGAUCGACAACGUGUAGAAGUGAUGUACGAACUACGAAAUUUGCGUUUGGGCGAACGUCCAGUGACGGGUCAAUUCAAUCGUGAACGAAUUGAAACAUUUCUAAAUAGUAUUCAAACACAACGAGAACAAAGGACCCCAUCGACGCAACCUGCUGCUCCCAGUGCUCAUUUAGCUGAUAUUAAUGCAUUAGCCGAUCGUGGAUGCGUGACAUCUGCCUUACGAAGUACUGCUUUUCGUCAAGAUCUUGAAAAUGCUAUUCGACGUUCGGUUCAACCACGAGCAAACGCGUCAACAUCACAAAUUCCACCCGCACCAUCUAUGUCACGUAUUUUCCCAGCCACACCGGUUUCACCACAGCAGUCACAAGUUAGACAAGCCCUUCCUACGUUACCAGUCAGACGACAACAACAACCUACUCAAAUUAUUUCACCUACAGUGCAUGAACCAUUGAAUCUUGAAAGACAAGAACGUGAGUUACAAGCUUGGCAAACUAUCACACAAUUACAACGGGAAAUGAUUGUUGUCGAGAUCAGCGAUCUCGUUCAUCGACAAUUAGUAAGCAGCGCUCUCGAAAGUGACUUUCGUACGCAUCUCGAACACAAUGUUUUGACUCGAUUUCAACGAGGCACACUCAAUGAACAAGCAGCACCGAUUGCUCAAACACGACACUUUCAACCCACAUCUCCUCUACACGUUCGAUCAACAGUUCAGACGUCAACAAAUUCGUCAUCAAUCAAUGAACUAUCGACACGUCUCGACGACAUGCAACACAUGUUACGAUUAAUGUACUCUAUGCAAAUGGACAUGCAAAGAAUGCUCCGUCAAGAAGUUGCUAGCUCACUUGCAAGCACUUCGGCAACAACAACAACAACAGUACCAUCAAGUCAUCCUGUCAAUGCUGGUCAGUGUACUGUCUGUUUAACGGAGAUUGCUGAUACUGUACUUUAUCGUUGUGGACAUCUUUGCGUUUGUUAUACAUGUGGUUUGAAUCUCCGAGAAACAAGCUCAAGCACUCGCAUGAAAUGUCCAGUUUGUCGCGCACCCGUCGACGACAUUCUUCGUGUUUAUCGUAGCAGUCGUAAUGAAGAGUAA